AUGCCUGAGACAGGUUUUAGAGCAAUCAAUGAGACCAUCCAGUUGAGCGUUCCAACGUUUGCUAGUCCAACUACUGUCUCAUCUGUUAACGGAUGGAUCGUCAUUCAGCAGAGGAUUGAUGGCUCGACGAGUUUCAAUGAAACCUGGAAUGCUUAUAAGAAUGGAUUCGGUACUUAUAACAAAAAUUUCUGGUUCGGUUUGGAAAAAAUAUACCAGUUGAUGGUUGCAGAUGAUUACAGGUUGAGGUUUGAAAUCCUCAUCAACGGCUCCUGGUUCUCCGAUGAACAUGAUUAUUUUGUGAUCAGUUCGUCAGCUCAGAAUUACAAACUCAACGUAUCUGGAUACAGCGGGGAGUUCAGCGACGUCUUGAACACCGUGAAAACCUACAUUCUCCACAACGGAAUGAAGUUUUCAACCAUCGACCAAGAUAACGAUCUCGUUCCUACAAGCUGUUUUCUUCUGGAAAUUGGUUCAACCAGUGUGGUUCUCAAAGUGUGA